AUGUCCGAAGUACGAAAAUUCACGAAGAGGUUAAGCAAACCUGGGACGGCAGCAGAGCUCAGACAAAGUGUGUCCGAGGCGGUGAGGACGUCCAUUGCUGUGGAGCAGCCGAAGAUCAUUGAGCCUCUGGACUAUGAGAAUGUGGUGUUUCAGAGGAAAGCUCAAAUCCACAGUGACCCACAGAGAGACCUGCUGCUGUGGCCAGCUGAUGACGUAUCAGAGGCACACAUUGAUCGUCACAGGAGAACCAUCAAUCCUUCAGUUCCUCAAAAUGCUGAGAACGAAGCUAAAAGCCUGUUCGCCAAAGAGUGCAUUAAGAUGUACAACACCAACUGGCAUGUCAUCAACUAUAAUUACGAAGCCUAUUCGGGAGAUUUCCGGAUGCUGCCCUGUAAAGGGAUGAAGACGGAAAAGCUUCCCAGCCAAGUGUUUGAGGUGGAUGAGGGGGAGGAGGUAAGAGAUGAUUCGUCAUCUCUCUGCUCUCAGAGAGGAGGUGUGAUGAAGCAGGGCUGGCUGCAGAAGGCCAACAUCAACAGUUCUUUGUCUGUUUCCAUGAAGGUGUUCAAGAGGAGAUAUUUCUACCUGUCUCAGCUCCCUGAUGGCUCCUACAUACUAAAUUCAUACAAAGAUGAGAAGAACUACAAAGAAUCAAAAGGCUCAAUCUAUCUGGAUUCCUGUAUAGAUGUAGUUCCGUGCCCUAAAAUGCGGCGCAAUGGCUUCGAGCUGAAGAUGCAGGAGCGCUACAGUCACUAUCUGGCGGCCGACAGCGAGGCUGAGAUGGAGGACUGGGUGAACACGAUAAAACAGGCCUUACUCAGCACAAUGGAGGACCGGAGGAAUGGCUCAGAAACGUCUGAAGGGUCUCUGGAUGACGACAGCAGUAGUCAGGGGAAACCAGAGAGCAUCACCGAGAGCUUCGGCCGGAGUCUUCAUCCUGAGCUGAUGAAGUAUGCUAGAGAAACUGACCAGCUGAGUAAAAUGAGCAGGAAUGAGGGCCGACAGAAGAUCUUCUCCCUCGAUCCUGAGGUGCAGAGAUUGGAUUUCUCAGGCAUCGAGCCUGACGUGAAGCCAUUUGAAGAACGAUUUGGCCGAAGAAUCAUGGUCAGUUGUCACAACUUGACCUUUAAUCUGCAAGGAUGCGUCAGUGAGAAGAAUGACGGUGUCUUGACCAAUGUGGAGCCGUUCUUCAUCAGCCUGGCGUUGUUCGAUCUGUCCAAAGGCUGUAAGAUCUCGGCAGACUUUCACGUUGACCUCAACCCUCCCUGCGUGAGGGAAAUGAUUCAGACGGGCUCUGCUGGAACGCCGACAGAAGCAGGAGAAGAUGAAAACGACCCAGUCAAGAUGAACGGACAUGGCCUGCCGCUUCUCCAGAGAGUCGCAGAGUCUCUUUUACACUUCCCCACUCAGGGUAUUUUCUCCGUCACAAACCCUCACGCUGACAUCUUCCUGUUGGCCCGAGUGGAGAAGGUUUUGCAGAACGGCAUCACUCAUUGCGCUGAUCCCUACAUCAAGCCCUCCGACAUCAGCAAGACGGUACAGAAAGUGUUGAAGACUGCCAAGCAGACAUGCCAACGGCUGGGCCAAUACCGGAUGCCUUUCGCUUGGGCUGCCAAGCAGGUGUUUAAAGAUUCCCAAGGCACUUUAGACACGGAUGGCAAAUUUUCUCCACUCUACCGUCAAGACAGUAGCAAGAUAUCAACAGAAGACCUCAUCAAACUGUUGACAGAUCUCAAGAAACCAGAGAAGAACAAACUGCAGAUAAUCCCUGGACAAAUUAACAUCACUGUUGAAUGUGUACCUCCAGACUUGUCAAACUCUGUCACAUCGUCUUACAUUCCCGUAAAGCCAUUUGCGGAUCAGUGUGACAGCGUGUCGGUGGAAGUGGAGGAAUUUGUCCCGGAAGAGGCUCGAUUCAACCACCCGUUCACCAUCUACAACAACCACCUCUACAUCUAUCCUCAGCAGCUCAAAUAUGACAGUCAGAAGGCCUUCGACAAAGCUCGAAACAUUGCAGUGUGUGUUCAAUUCAAGGAUUCUGAUGAGGAGGGAUCAAGCCCACUAAAGUGCAUCUACGGCAAGCCAGGGGAUCCACUAUUCACCACCAGUGCUUUUGCUGCAGUUUUGCAUCACAAUCAAUCUCCAGAGUUUUAUGACGAGAUAAAAAUUGAGCUUCCUGUGCAUAUCCAUGAGAAGCACCAUAUUCUCUUUACUUUUUACCAUAUCAGUUGUGACCUUGGCACCAAAACCACCAGUAAGAAGAGAGAAGGAGUGGAGACACUGGUGGGUUACUCCUGGACUCCAUUAUUAAAGGAUGGCAGAAUAAAGUCCUCGGAUCUGCAGCUCCCUGUUUCUGCCAAUCUGCUCGCUGGUUACUUGUGUGACAAAAGCCAAGACAUAAAAAAGGUUUUUCCAUACAUCAAAUGGGUGGAUAACGCCAAACCUUUAUUUAAAGUGCGGGCGUAUGUAGCAUCAACAAUUUACACUCAGGAUUUGCACCUUCACAAUUUCUUCCAGCACUGUCAGCUGAUGAGAUCAACAUCACAGGGCAAUCCUGCUGAACUCAUCAAAUAUCUAAAGUGCCUGCAUGCGGUUGAGACUCAGGUUGUCAUCAAGUUUCUUCCUACGGUUCUCGUUCAACUCUUUGAAGUCCUUAGUAUGGCAAGCAAAGAGGGUCAAGAUGUUGCCGUCAACUCCACACGUGUAAUCAUUCACAUUGUGUCUCAGUGUCAUGAAGAGGGUCUGGAGCAUUACCUGCGCUCUUUUUUGAAGUAUGUGUUUCGUAUCAACAACGCAACUUCCGAAAACUCUGUGACAACACAUGAAGUUUUGGCUACGGCUGUGACUGUCAUCCUCAAACAAACCGCUGAUAUCAACACCUGCAACAAACUUCUCAAGUAUUCCUGGUUCUUCUUUGAGACCAUGGCCAGGUCAAUGGCUCAAUACCUCAUGGAUGGCAACAGAAUGAAAAUGCCACGAGCACAGAGGUUUCCAGAGUCUUUCCAGCAGGCCCUGCAGUGUCUGCUGUUGUCCAUAAUGCCACACAUCACUAUCCGCUAUGUGGAGAUUCCAGAGGAGGCUCGCUGUGUCAACUUCAGCCUGGCCUGCUUCAUUAAGCGCUGCCUGACGUUUAUGAAUCGAGGAUUUGCUUUCAGCUUGAUAAAUGACUACAUGUGUGGCUUCAGCCUGAAAGAUCCAAAGGUGCCAAUUAACAUCAAUUACGACCAUUCACUCACAAUCUACAAAUACUACCU